AUGGUCCUGAAACCGAAUUGGAUCGGCCGGUUCAAUCGAAAUAAUCGGAACCGAUUACCUAAAAUCACCCAGAAGCCAGUAGAGGAAUCUCCCCUCUUCGCAGUCGCAUCGCCACCACCAUCCUCCUCGCAGCCCACCGCCAUCGCCACCGCAUCCCGCAGCCACAGCAGCAACGACGUUGACCACCGCAACCACCACCGCGUCCUAUUUCGUUGCGGAGCUCGCCUCCUCUUUCGUCGCCGUUACUCGCCGCCGAUGGAACAAUCACAAAGUAACCACAGCCACAAGAUAAUGCUGUUCAAGAUUCUCAAACUGGACUACGCCAGGCUCUCAACCAACUUUGAAAAGUGUCUUGGCUUGGGGCUUGCAAGAUGGAUCAUUGAUGCACGGAUUUCAUUCAAUGCAAUUCAAUCGUCUUACUUUCAACCUGCCUUGGACGGCGUUGCUGCAAUUGGACCUGGUUUCAAGGGACCGUCAUAUGAUGAAAUGAGAGUUCAUUUGCUGGCCGAUCUUAAGAAGGAGUGUCAGUUGCUUGUUGAAGGCUAUAGGAGCUCGUGGAAAAGCACUGGUUGUACACUGAUGGCAGAUGGCUGGACUGAUCAAAGGCAGCGUACAUUAAAUAAUUUUCUAGUUUAUUAUCCUGCUGGUAUGUCAUUUGUUAAGUCUGUUGAUGCUUCUGAUAUGAUAAAAACUGUCGAUACCUUGUUUAAAUUGUUUGCUGAGGUUAUUGAGUGGGUUGGGUCUAGUAACAUUGUGCAUGUGGUUACUGAUAAUGCUACGAAUUAUGUAUCUGCUGGAAAACUCAUUCAUGAAAAGUAUCCAAACAUUUUUUGGUCUCCUUGUGCUGUUCACUGCAUAAAUCUUAUUUUGAAAGACAUAGCAAGUAUUCCUCACAUAGCUGACAUUGCCUCUCAUGCUUCAAAAGUGACUGCUAUAUAUGAUCAUAAAGAAGACUUGCAAUCAUUGGUGGUAGACAAAUAUUUCACUUCUCAUAAAUUAUUCAAGAGUGUUAAUGGGAAGAUGGUUAGCUCAAUUAUCUUGGAUAGUAAAUUUUGGGAGGAUUGUAUUACUACCGUUAUGCUUGUUGGUCCUCUUAUUAAGUUAUUGAGACUUGUUGAUGCUGAUGAGAAACUUUCUCUGGGUAUCGUGUAUGAGGGCAUGCAAAGAGUCAAAAUUGCUAUCAAGACAAUGUUUAGAAAUAGAAAAUUUGCAUACACACCUUAUACAAGUAUCUUGAAAAUGCGGUGGGAUAAGCAUUUGAAGCGUGACCUCCAUGCAGCAGCAUACUUUUUGAAUCCAGAUUUCUUCUAUAGUGAAGGGUUUGUUGAGAAGCCAAAUAUCUUGAAAUCUUUGCUUGAUUUAUUUGAUAUUGAAACUCUUUGCGAUGACUCAGUUGCCGCAAUGCAAGAGAUACAAUUCUAUUGA